AUGAUACAUAGUCCUCGCCGUAUAUCCCCGGCUCUUCAAAAUGACCAACGACUUACCUUUGUCAACUCACCUGCCCGGGAGGCGUCAAUUUACCAUCCUUUACCUUCUCAAAGAUCAAAAUACAUAAAUCAAUCAGACGACUUACACAUAUUUUCGCCAGCACGACCUCAAACAUCCAACACCUGUGUGAGCGACCAGAUACCACAGUGGAGAGACGCCUACUUUGAAAUGCCCGAAAAUCUAGAGGUCCGGGCGGCCGGACUCCACCAAAGUUCACCAAUAAUUCCGCAGUCGUCGAUGACUAAAAGGUUACCAAAGUCUCCGCCAUCCACUAGUACUACUCUCUCUUCAAAGGCCUCGUGUUCAACAAUUGGCUCCCAUUCCAUGUGCACAAGCGACUCGGAGCAAGACUCUCGGCACCUAGAUAGAUCUCUACCACCAUUGCAACUCAAGCAUUAUCCAAAAGAUUACCGUACCGGCUUUGCACUAGCUUCUCCGCAUGAGUUUGACCCGACAUCUUUUGAUUUAAUCGUGCCGACGGAUUCAAUUGGCAAGGAUAAAUCUGAGUACUCAUUGGAAGCCCGCUCCGAUCUACUAUUCUCGCACGAACAUCUCCACAUCAUCUUCCACGAUCCUGCCCUUCUUCUCAAGUUCACAUCGUAUCUCAGUGCAUAUCGAGUUUCAUCUAUACCGAUAUUGGUCUAUUAUCUAGACUCCAUUAAAGCCCUAAAAGCAAUAAAAUACUCAAACGCCAUUGCAGAGGCCUUGGAACCCAUUCCGGGCAUCAAUUUUACAUCCGAGCCAUCGUGGCGCACACAAAAUUCUGACUUGGAAGAAAAGUCGCAAAAAGCUUUUGACUUACUAGUCCAAGAAGACUUACCAGCUUUCAUCACUCACACCUACACUCAGACAGUAAGCUUAUCAAUCCAGAGAAGAAUUACUGGGACUCUUCCUUCACACUUGAGAGAGGCAUCGGAAGGCUUAGCUGAAGUAUUCUGCAUGACCGAUCCCUCGCGUCCAGACAAUCCCAUAAUAUUUUCAUCGGAAGAGUUUCAUAAGACUACGCAGUAUGGCCUCUCUUACGUGAUCGGGAGGAACUGUAGGUUUCUCCAAGGUCCCAAGACCAAUCAGUUUAGUAUCCAGCGCAUCAAAGACAAAAUAGAAGCUGGCGUUGAACAUUGUGAAGUUGUCUUGAACUAUCGGCGAGAUGGUUCACCAUUCAUGAACCUCUUCAUGUGUGCACCAUUGUGUGAUAGUAAAGGAAAAAUACGUUACUUCAUUGGUGCUCAAGUUGAUGUGUCAGGUCUAGUUAAAGAAUGCUCUGAGCUCGAAUCAUUUAGACGUCUUGUCGCUCGCGUCGAAGAAGGUGUAACUAACGAAGCUGAAAAUGAUGAAGUAAAGGAUGAAUUCCAAGAAUUGAGUGAAAUGCUUAACCUCCAGGAACUCGACACUGUACGAAAGUGGGGAGGAAGGAUGCACAGGGAACCACAGGACAAUAACUCGGAAACUACAGGGAAUUGGGCCAAGCCACGUCUACUUAUCAACCCAGGCAGUCCUGAUGGUGCUGCAGAGCACGAAGCUGGAUAUGGGCGGUGGCGAGGCAAACUCGAGGGAAUCUAUGAGCACUACCUCUUGGUACGACCCUAUCCAAAUCUACACAUAUUAUUCGCAAGUCCUUCGCUUCGAGUCCCCGGCAUCCUUCAGAGUCCACUCAUGUCAAAAAUUGGCGGCUCCCAAAGAGUCCGUGAUGAGCUCAUGAGAGCAUUUGCCGAUGGGCAUGGCGUCACUGCCAAGGUCAAGUGGGUAUCAAAGUCUGAUCCCGAAGGACGGAGUAGAUGGAUCCACUGUACUCCAUUAAUCGGAGCUAAUGGCGCCAUCGGUGUAUGGAUGGUUGUGAUUGUGAACGACAGUGGCACUAGAUCAACUCGUGGACAUCGUAUGGCUCCGCCAGUAGAUCCAGGACUCGGGCGGACACAGCCCUUUUCGCCUGUCCGCAAGGAUUUUAAUUCAAUGGUGAACAACUUAAGCGCGUUAGGGAUUCGUGAAGGGAGUUUAAUGAGCGAGCCAGAUAGCCCCUUUAGCACUGCAACUUUUGAUCUAAGGGCAGAUUAG